AUGUCCAUGAGAAGAGGGGCGCUCCAGGAAUACGAGGAUGGCCCUUGCGCUUGCGCCAUGACGAAUCGCACUUGGGCUCCGGGCCGUCCUUCAGUGCGGGGAAAGAGCGCCAAGAAUGUAGAUGAAAGAGUGGAGACUGCAGCGAGCGAGAUACGCACUCAUCCAAUCCGAAACGACUUGGUGGUGGAGGUUUGCAGAAAAUACAUGGGAGCGCGCAGUGAGGGACGCCAGCAGAAGGGUUCUGCGAAGCAAGAGCGCGGGCGGCAACGGGCUUCCUUGUUCGAGCCAUGCUGCUGGACGCAGCGGACGUCGACCACUGCAGUCCUGGCCGGAAAUAUCCCCUGCCUCUGCCUCGUCUUCUUUGGAGCUCAACAAGGCGUGCCUAUCCUGCAUGUGGCCCCUCACCAUGGACGCCUACCUGCCUGUCCAGUGGCGCCAUGUGUGUCGAAAGAGUCAAAGUUUAUUCGCGCCACACUCGAUAGCCACGGCGUCUGUGGCCAGGCCAGGCCCCGCCUCGAUUGCGGGUACGAAAAGCCUGAGUGGGUGGAUGCAUCAUCGUGGCCCCGGGAACAGCCCGAACCUGAGGCCGGCUUCAAACUCAUGUUGAAAGGCAUCGUCUCCGGUAACUCACGUGGAGAGCGUUGGGAAGGCUAG